UCAUGGCAACCGGCGUUUACAGGGCAGCCAAGCCUUAAAUCUGACUUCUGAAGUUUUCUCCUUUAAAGUGUUAAUUUAUAGAUUUACUCUAAACUACCUGUUGUUGUUACUCAAAUGGAUUCAGGUGAAUCAUUUUACGAAGGGAUACGCGCCAUUUAAAAUGCUGUCGACCUGCAAAUGUGUUGCGGUAGACCCGGGGCGAGGAGGUGCGGAGCCGGGGGCAGGGGCACAGAGCGACGGCCACAGAGGAGCUCAGGUCGGCGAAGAGAGGCGACGAGGACUCGGUGUCCAGGAGUGGCCCGACGGGUCCAGGUAUGAGGGAGAGUUUGUGAACGGAUUCAAACACGGCAAAGGAAAAUACACGUGGAGUAACGGAGAGUGCUAUGAGGGCUCUUUCUACAAAGACUACAGGCAUGGGGAUGGACUGUACUUCUGGCCCACAGGACACAGGUUCAUUGGCAAGUUCUAUCUCAACAGAAAGGAAGGAUACGGACAACAACUAUUCCCUGACGGAGCCACCUUUCAGGGUUUGUACCAUGCUGACCAGAAGUUUGGUCCAGGUGUGGUUAGUUAUCUUGAUGGGCGUAAGGAUGUGGGUCUGUGGCUCGGAGAGCGUCUGCUGAAGCUCUGUGCCUCUGUAGAAGAGGGCUUCAGCCUGAAGAAGUUUCCUGAAUAUGCUGCCUACAUGGACCCACCUGCCACCACAGAUCCCCUGACUCAGCUUCCCACCAUUGGUCUACAGACAGAAGCCAGAACAGACUCUAAGGCGGAUACAGACAGAGAACUGCUGUCAGAUGAGAAUUUUAUCCUUCCCAUCGGCAUUGAGAGUUACUCAACAGAUGGCGAGCACUUGCCGCUGCCCCCUGGCCGAAGAAGAGAGUUGGAUCAACACUUCUAUGGCGAGCUGUGGGAGCCGGACACUCAUCUCCACCGAGGCUAUGAGCGAGACCCACUCUCCACGCUCCCCUUACAGGCCCGCAUGCAGGCUCACAUACACAAACACAGACUGCAGGCUGAAAAUGUGGGCUGGGAUGUGGCAGCUGUUCUCUCUCUGAACAGGGAAAGUUUUGGUCCUAAAGGGCCUUUGGAAGUCAGUUCAGAGUUGUUGAUCCAGCACGCCUCCCGAGGGGAACUGCAGGCCGUGUCACAGAUCCUCCAGACCGGUUUGGUCCACCCUGAUGUAGCAGAUUCAAAGGGACACACUGCACUGAUUGCUGCCACAGUAAACUGCCAUAAUGAUGUGAUCCAGCUGUUGUUGGAUAUGGGUGCUGAUAUUGACAAGACGAAUUGUGAAGGCAUGUCUGCUCUGGCUGUGUGUCAUGUCCUCUACUACCCUUUUCAGUCUCUGCACACCACUUUCACUGAACCACCCGCCAAAACUCAAGUUUUAAGGUCUCCAUCUGCAAAUGAGAACAGUCCUCAGAUUAGCCAAGUGGACUUCACUACAGACACACCCAGGUUUAACAACAGACCACAGACCGCUAAUACAACCCUGAGCAGCCAGACCAACCAGAGUCAUCUCUUGGACCAGACAGCAGAAGAACUAAACGAGCACAUCUCCCAUCACAGCAUUGAAGUGUCCAAUGACAGUGAGCUCAUCGCUGAGCGCUGGCCUGACCUGAAUGAGCCUGAGACCCCUGCAGACACUGAACACCUACAGGAGGCGGAGGGAAAAGAGAGAGAAGGAGACGGAGAGGAAAGAGAUUGCAAAGAGACAGAGAGAGAGGGGCAAGUUGGAGUGAGAGAAGAAAGAAGCAGGAGGGAAGAAAGAGAGAUAGAGAGCAGAUGUGAUGAAACAUGUGAAAAUGGAGAAAGUGAGGUAAAAGGGAAGGAAAAGAAAGAGGAAGAUGUGCUUGGUGAGAAAAGAGAAAUGGAGUCAAGCAAAGAGAAUAUGGAAGUGAGGAAGGAGGUUGAGGAGGAUGUAGAGAAGAGAGUAAGGAAUCUUCAUGAAGAGGAUGUAAAGGAGAGAGACGAGAGAGGAAGUGAAGGCGUACCUGGUGUGGAGCGCUCCAUUCAGGUGUUAGACGGCCACAUCGCACUGGGCAGCGUGCAGUGGAAGGAGUGUCGAGCUAAAGCACCAGGAAGAGUUCAGCAGGUCAAAGACAAAAAACUGACCCAAAAACCAACCUUUGACUCUGCCUGCUCGGUCAGCAGCUACAAGAUCCAGGUCACAGAGGAAGCGAUGCAUCGCUCAGCAGAAGCGUUGAGUCGCACAGGGAUUCCUCAGCGCUCCGACACACAGGAGACUGUACGCAAAAUGGCUGCCAUGAAGACUGAACACCGUAUUCGUUUGAGCACCCUGAAGUUGUUAUUGGAGCGGGGAGCCGACCCCAACAUAUCCAGGGUCCCCAUGCCAGUCCUCUUUUUAGCCAUCAUGGCGGCUGACACUGAGGCUGUCAGGAGGCUGCUGCUGUGUGGAGCUCGCACUGACAUUCCCCUUCCACCCGAGAGGAAGGGUCUGUAUCCCCUGCAUGUAGCUGCAGCACUGCCCGGUCCAUCAGGUCCCAGAAUCACAGAGUUGCUGCUCCACGCGGUCACUGACCCAGACGCACAGGCAUGCGACCAGGACGAGAUCUAUGAACCAGAUAAGAUUUUCAUGAAGGCCCAGGAAUCUCUGAGCACCAGUAAGAUCCCGCAUCUCAAAGAAGGAGGCCAAACAGCUCUGCACGUGGCCUGCCAGAGAGACAGUGACUACCGGAAUGCCAGUAAGGUGGUAGCCCUCCUGCUCUCCCACAGAGCCAGCACAGACCUCCUCUGGAGUGGACACUCGCCUCUUUCCCUCGCUAUAGCGGCUGGGAAUGACCUGGCAGUGGAGGAGCUGUUGAACGGAGGUGCAAAUCCCAACAUCCCACUCGGCCGCAGGGUGGGCAGCGCCCUCUGUGCCCUCGCCAACAUCAACUACCACUUGGGUGGCAACAGAGCUAAGCUGUUGGACAUGUUAGCUAAGGCUGGUGCCGACAUCUUGAUGCCAGUAACGGUGGGUGAUGUUGAGGGAACUGCAGUCGACUAUGCACACCACUCCUUCAAUCAGGACUCGCGUAUUGCCAACACUCCCUUCCAUGCUCUGAACAUGCGGGAAAGGGAAACAUUUAAAGCACGGCGCCAGCUGCUGAGCAUGAUGGGAGAUCUGCUGAGGCAGACUGUUGCCCAGAGGGAGCAAGAGGGUAGCACAGAGAGGUUUGUGCACAAGGGCUCGGAAAAUCUAUCACCUAUAAAAGAAAUACACAGAAAACCGGUGUUUAAGUUCUGCUAUCACUGCGGUCGCUCUGUGUCUGUGAAGCUGACCGCCUGUAGCCGCUGCCACAAGGUCUUCUACUGCUCCAGGAUCUGCAAACUGAAAGCAUGGGAUGAAAGACACAAGGACGAGUGUAUCCGGGCGUCAGCCUCUGCUGAUGGCAUCCAGAAGAGUGUUGUGUUUAAAUCCCAAAGAGCCCCCAGGCCCUUGACUGCCAUGUUGAAAUCCAAAACAGUCCCCAGGCCCUUGAGUGUCAAGUUGAAAUCCAAAAGAGCCCCAGAGCCCUUGAGCAUGGCACAGAAGGUCUUGGAGAGCCAAGUGAACCUGAAGGAAAACUACAGCUGCAACUGAUGGACACUAACAUUUCACACACUUAAUUAACAGAUGAAAUACAACUUUUAUCUACAUAAUACCACAAAGCACUUCUGUUGCUUUAUCACUGCUUUCUCUGAUUCUGACUCUUAACUUUAUAUAUUUGGCUUCAUGGUGAUGACAAUAUUUUGUGCCAUAAUCAUUUUUCUUUGCCAUGUUUAUACUUGUAGGUUUGUAAUCUGUUGUAAUAAUAGUGUAAUAAUGUCCCUGUCUGCUGUCGCCACAGAAAUAUUGCAAAACACUGAAUGGCUGCUUUUACUGAAUGAAUCCAGAUGUUUUUGAAUGAAGGAAGUUAAAAGUGUGACAAAAGAAUAUAUUAAGUUCCACUUUUCCAGAGCAACUUCCAGCUUGACCUUGAGAACGAAAAAUAUGAUGUAAUAAUUAAUCAAUUUUAUUUUUUUUAGUAGCAUAAAGUGGAACUAUAUCUAAAUUUCAUUAUGCAAUCCUGUGUUGUAAAUGACAAUAAAAUAACCUUGAAAUGAAUCCUUGAAAAAUAAAUAAAUCUCAACUCA